AUGGCCAGUCGUCAGCGCACAAAGAUUCGUGCUCCUAGAAGAGGCGUCGCUGGUGCCAACGAUGUCGACUUUGAAGAAACAUGGGCAACCCUCUCCCAUGCCUUUGGCGAAAUUCACACCAAGAAUGCUUCCGCUCUUUCCUUCGAACAGUUGUACCGCGCUGCUUAUAAGAUAGUACUCAAGAAGAAGGGCGACGACUUGUAUAAAAAGGUGGCCGAAUUCGAGACCCAAUGGCUGUCCACUUCUGUCCGUCUGGACAUUGCACGCACCCUGCAAGCGAACAUCCUUGCCGACGCCGAUGACUCUCUAUCAGACCCUAGUGCUACCGCUCCCGAACGUCGUGAAGCUGGCACUCGCUUCCUCGCUGCUCUCAAGACCGCCUGGCAAGACCACCAGACCUCGAUGAGCAUGUUGACAGAUGUGCUUAUGUACAUGGAUCGCGUUUAUUGUGCCGACACCAGACAACCAUCCAUCUUCUCCAAGGCUAUGAGUCUCUUCAGGGAUAGCAUCCUAUACCCUAUUGCCAUUGCCUCGGCUCAACCUCCUCUGUCGUUCCUCGACACCUUGGACACCGUCAUACUCGAUCAGAUUCGCAUGGACCGCGACGGCGAUUACAUCGACAAAUCCUUGAUUAAAGCAAACAUCUAUAUGCUGGAAGGUCUAUUUGAGACAGACGCAGAAGGAGAAGACGAGAAGUUGUAUCUUACUAGAUUCGAACAGACUUUCCUCGACAAGAGCGCCAAGUUCUACCGCGACGAGAGCGAGCGAUUGUUGAAAGAGUCGGAUGCGGGCACAUACUGUCGCCAUGUUAGAAGGAGACUGGAUGAAGAAGCUGAUCGCUGUCGCUCCACAAUUUCAGAAUCGACUUCUGCCAAGAUCAUCAAGGUUGUCGAGGACGAGCUCAUUCGUCAGCAGAUCAAGGCUUUGAUCGAGAUGGACAGUGGCGUGCAGUUCAUGGUCGCCAACGACAGGCACGAAGAUCUUAGUCUGAUCUUCGAGCUGGAGAGCAGAGUGGACCCAAAGAAGCCUGAACUGACCAGGGCCAUUCAGAAGAUCAUCCAGGAAAUGGGAACAAACGUGAACAGUAACGCCAUGAACCAAUCGACCGCACAACCAACCGCUCAGCCAACUGCUGCUGAUGACGGAGAGACUGGAGAGAAAGAGAAGACAAAACCGGCAGAGAAGGUCAAUCAACAAACUGUGGCAGCUUUGAAGUGGGUCCAGGAUGUGUUGGACCUGAAGGACCGCUUCGACCGCAUCUGGAAACUCGCUUUCAACCAGGAUCAAGUUUUGCAAACCGCCCAAACCCGCAGUUUCUCUGAUACGAUCAACGCUCUGCAACGAAGCUCCGAGUAUAUUUCCCUAUUCAUUGACGACAACAUGAAGAAAGGAAUCAAAGGAAAGACCGAGGAAGAGGUUGAUCAGGUGCUCGAGAAGGCCAUUACUCUGGUCCGCUACCUCCAAGACAAGGACAUCUUCGAGACAUACUACAAGAAGCAUCUCUCAAAACGCUUGCUCAUGGGACGAUCUGUGAGCAUCGACGUUGAGAAGCAGAUGCUGGGUCGCAUGAAGAUCGAGCUCGGCAACAGUUUCACUCUCAAGAUGGAGGCCAUGUUCAAGGACAUGAACCUCUCAGAAGAACUUACUGCAGGUUACCAAACAUAUGUAUCCAAGCUUGGCGACAACGACCCGAAGAGAACCGAACUCAACAUCAAUGUUCUUACCAGCAUGACAUGGCCAGUCGAGAGCAUGAGAGGACACGACGAGGAAAGAGAUGGUGCACUCAAGAUCAUUUACCCGCCUGCAAUCGAGAAGAUCAAGACCAGCUUCGAGCAGUAUUACACUACCAAGUACUCCGGUCGUGUACUCACCUGGCGAGGUGGCAUGGGUACCGCUGAUAUCAAAGGAACCUUCAAGCUUCCCGGCAAAGAUGGCGGUCCCCCCAAGACCAGAGUACAUGAGCUUAACGUGUCAACCUACAUGAUGAUCAUCUUGUCUCUCUUCAACGACAUCCCAGCUGACGGUGUGCUCACCUACGAAGAGAUUGCCGCACAAACAAAUAUCCCUCAGAACGAGCUCAUCAGAAACCUGCAAUCACUAGCAGUGGCACCCAAGACUCGCAUCCUUGUCAAGGAGCCCAUGAGCAAGGACAUCAAACCAACGGACCGCUUCUCCUUCAACGAAAAGUUCACCUCCAAGUUCAUCAAAGUCAAGGUCGGCGUCGUCACCGCCGGCAACAAGGUCGAGAACGACAAAGAGCGCAAGGACACCGAGAAGAAGAACAACGACUCUCGCGGUUUCGUUAUUGAAGCGGCUAUUGUCCGCAUCAUGAAGCAGCGCAAGGAGCUCUCGCAUCAACAGCUUAUCAACGAGACACUUACGCAACUGAGCCAACAGUUCAAGCCUGAUGUCACUAUGAUCAAGAAGAAGAUUGAGAGCUUGAUUGAGCGUGAGUACCUGGAGCGUAUUGAGGAUGCCAAGUUGCCUUCAUACCGUUACCUUGCAUAG